UUCUUUGACCUAGAAGGAUUUCCAUUCUAAACCCGAUGAGGGUAGGAGCUUAUCGAUACUUCUGGCAGCGGCUACAGUAUCCUAGACAUCGGAGUCCCACGGAAGCUUAUUUGGGACAAGUCCGGCUCCAGCCGGGAAUAGUGCCCCACGCAUUCCUGUCCCCGCGGGGCGGGGGGGGGGGUGCCGGUCUGUGUGGCAGCUCGACUGAUUUCCCUGCAAACAGUUUUAAUUAUUUAAUAUCUAAUAUGUUUCCACUAACUGAGGAAAACAAGCAUGUGGCCCAGUUGUUGCUUAGUACUGGUACCUGUGCAAGAUGCAUCUUCAGAUUCUGUGGUGUGGAUGUUCAUGCACCAUACAAACUUCCCUACAAGGAGUUGCUCAAUGAACCAAAAUUUCUGGAAACUGAAAAUGACGAAUUAGCUUCAGAAGUUCCAAACCCACCUCCCAAGAAAAUUCGACUGCAAGAACUUGAAGAUGGAAUUGAUGGGAUGGAUAAUCUGGGUCAAAAUGGAGAGGGAAAGCUCUCAGUUAUUGAAGAUGGAAGCAUGGCUUCCAAGAACUCAAAUUUAAAUGUAUGCAAUGUGUGCCUAGGAAUUCUUCAAGAUUUCUGUGAAAAAGCAUUCAUUAAAAAGGUGUGCCAAAAGGUUGAGGCCUCUGGGUUUGAAUUCACCAACUUGGUAUUUUCAGUCUCCUUCCCACCACAACUAUCUGUAAGAGAGCAUGCUGCAUGGUUGCUGGUAAAACAGGAAAUGGGAAAGCAAAGUCUGUCGCUGGGAAGAGAUGAUAUAGUUCAGCUAAAAGAAGCCUACAAAUGGAUAACUCACCCCCUGUUUUCAGAGGAACUGGGUGUUCCCAUUGAUGGAAAGAGCUUGUUUGAAGUGAGUGUGGUCUUUGCUCACCCAGAGACAGUUGAAGAUUGCCACUUCCUACGCGCAAUAUGCCCAGAGUGUUUCAAGCCAGCCAAAAACAAACAGUCAGUAUUCACUAGAAUGGCAGUAAUGAAAGCUUUGAAUAAGAUAAAAGAAGAGGAUUUCCGCAAGCAGUUUCCUUGUCCUCCAAACUCACCAAAGGCUGUAUGCACUGUUCUUGAAAUUGAAUGUGCUCAUGGUGCUGUUUUUGUGGCUGGGAGAUAUAAUAAAUACUCCAGGAAUCUACCACAAACUCCUUGGAUAAUUGAUGGAGAAAGGAAGCUGGAGUCUUCUGUGGAAGAAUUAAUUUCAGACCAUCUUCUGACAGUGUUCAAAGCAGAGAGCUUUAAUUUUUCAUCCUCUGGAAGAGAAGAUGUUGAUGUGAGAACAUUAGGAAAUGGAAGGCCCUUUGCAAUUGAGCUGGUGAAUCCUCAUAGAAUACAUUUCACUUCACAAGAAAUUAAGGAACUUCAGCAGAGAAUUAAUAACUCAUCUAACAAAAUUCAAGUUCGUGACUUGCAGCUUGUCACAAGAGAAGCAAUAGGACACAUGAAAGAAGGUGAAGAAGAAAAGACCAAGACCUACAGUGCCUUAAUAUGGACAAAUAAAGCAAUACAGAGGAAGGACAUUGAAUUCCUAGAUGACAUAAAGGACUUAAAGAUCGACCAGAAGACACCUUUACGAGUCCUUCACCGGCGGCCGCUGGCUGUGAGAACCCGCCUCAUUCACUCCAUGGAGACACACUAUGUGGAUGAGCACCAUUUCCGUCUCUAUCUGAAGACUCAGGCUGGAACCUACAUUAAAGAGUUUGUACAUGGAGACUUUGGAAGAACCAAGCCGAACAUUGGCUCUCUGAUGGAUGUGACUGCAGACAUUCUAGAGCUGGAUGUUGAGUCUGUAGAUGUUGACUGGCCCCCUGCUCUGGAUGAUUGACUUCAAAUUUGGAAACAAGGAGUAGGGUUUUCUGGCACAGUGUGGACGUCCAUUCAGCAUAAACUUUUACAUGGCUGUUUACCCACCAUAACGGUGCCUUGGAAACCAUCUGGAUCAUGUUGAUCUAUAUAUUUUUUAAUUUGUUGUAACAUCUCAGGAUCUAUGUAUGUGUAUAUUUUGUGUUGAAUUGUUCUAAGAAUGUCAUACGAUUUUUCUCAUUCCCUCUCCAUUCCCCCACAAGCCAAACUAUGAAUACUGAAACCAUUUUCUAACUUUCAUUUAGAGAGGUACAAACAGAAUACAUUCUCUAGUAAUCUUAGAACCUGUAAUUUCUGUCAGCAAAAUUUCCCUCCACAAGAGAGAUACCACUUUUAAAAUCAUGUUUUAAUUUUUUCAAUGAUCUUGAUAAAAAGUUACAUCUAGCUUUAAUGCAUCACAGUAUCCUUGUAAUAGUCUAAGAUAUCAAAUGCAAACCUGACAUCAUUAAUAUUUUUCCCAGUAAGCUUCAAGCAAGCUAUCACCAACAGAAGUACUUUGGGUGUGAUCUGUUACAAAUCUUAAUGACUCCAAGUUCCUGUUUUGAUAAUCUAAAAUUGUCAGUACAUUUCCUGGGGGAGAAAAAGUGAAACCUUAGGAAUUGAGGCAUACCAUGGUAAGAGACAUUCACAAAUCUUUUAACUAAGGAGACACAAGUGCCUUCAAUGACUUCAAUCCCAGGGAUAAGAUUUUGAAAAAUUUAGAUUGCUAAACAAAGGUAAGCUGAUAUUAUUCCAGACUGCUUCAGAGUAUUAUCCAAUUUCAGACAUCCUCACCAGGUGGAUAUGAUAUUAUCAUCUACACUUUAUAAAUGUGAAAACCAAAGAACAGAAGUUAACUGAUUUAUCUAAAAUCGUUAGUUAAUUCCGUAUCUAGGACUAGGACUGAAGUUUCCCAGUCUCUAGGUCUUUUCUAAUAAACUUGAUUAUUGGGCACCUACUGUAUGGAAGAGGCACCCAAGAAUGUCAUUUCCAUGCAUGUAACUAUGACAACUGACUUUUGGAAUUUAGAUAUCAAAUCAAGCUUACCAAAAAACAGCCCAAGUAAAUUUCAUAUGAUCGCAUAUGAUUACCAUCUGUUAAUAAGUUAAUCAUCAGUUGGCACUAUGAAGAGAAAAAACUUUAAGUAAGCAAAACCUAAAGAAAAUGGAUGAGUCAUUAAGAAGUUUCAGUAAGGAGCCUCAUUAAAAUUUCAGAUUUAUGUGCAAUUUCCAGCACCCUGAUUCAACUAUCUGAGCUUAUUUUAGAACACAUGUGACUUGGAUAGUUGUGAUUACUCACUUUCCUGUCUCUACAUUAAACAUGCUUCAUAAAUACUAAGUUGUAUUAUUCACCUUAUGAAUUAGGAAAAUGGGUUAACUGACAUGAAAUUUCAUAUGUGAAUAAUAGCAGAUAAUUUUUUCACUAUUUUCAAUCCAGAAAAUGAGAAAGGGUUAAUAGAAAUAAACUUUUGAUAAGACGGUAAGAACAUUUGUGUGAAUGUUUCUCAGUUUCAGGGGAAGUUUUGCUACAAAAGAGAUUUAAAUAAUUUGGGGAACAGCCUUUUUCAUUUAUUCUUUGAUUUUUACAUCCACAUAAGAGAAUCAACUUUGAUGUAAUCUUUCCUGAGUUGAUUUUAAGCGGUACCCUUUAUUAUUAAUAGAUAAAAUAUAUUUUAUAUUUUUCAGUUUGAAAUAACUUCAAACUUAUAAGAAAAGUACAAAGUACAUUUUUCCCUGAAAUGUAUCAUCCCAAAUACAUUAGUGUGUAAUUUCUGAAAACAAGGGCAAAUUCUGACAAUCCAGGAUAUUAUUCUGCUUCACCGCAAAAUAACUGUCAAAGUUAAGAAAUUAACACUAACAUUGCUAUUACAUAGUCCACAGACCCCGCUCAAAUUUCAUCAGUUGUCGCAACAAUGUCCUUCAUAGUCAAGGGAUGAUACUUUGCAUUUAAUUGUGUCUCUCUAAUCUUCCCCAACCUGAAACAUUUUGACUUUCAUUAAUGUAAUGUUUUUGAAGAUUUCAGGCCAGUCAUUUUGUAGACUGUGCCUCAUUUUGAUUUGCCUGAUGUUUCUUUAUAAUUAGGUUCAGAUUGUACCUUUCUAGCAAGAAUACCACAGAAGAGUUACUGUCUUCUUGCAUCUUUGCAGAUGUACACAAUUUUGAUUACUGCAGUUAUGAUGAUUGGGGUUUGAUCAAUUAACGAAGGGUAUAGCGAGUGCCAAGUCCCUCCACUUUUUAUAGUUACUUUUUCCCUUUAACAAGUGUCUUGUGGAAUUCCCUGGUAGCCUACUAGGUUAAGGAUCUGGCAUUGUCCCUUCGACAUAUCCCCAUCACUCUUGGAGCAUGUUCUUACCUUUAAUGCAAAGAUAAUGCAGGCUCAUACUGUAUUUCAUCUGCACUAGCCCUGAAAUAGGCUAUUUCUCUAAGAAAUGGUUCCUUUUCAUGGAAAGUGAUGGUUAGAAAAAGGUCUGGAUACUAGGUGUGCUCAUUGCUGUUGUGGCAUUGCUGCUCCCAAGCUCUGUCAUGACACAUGCACACACAUGCCUAUAUAUUGAAAACUGUGAGUUUUUACUGGUACUUCCAGUUCCAACCUUCUUCUAGGUUUCUCCCUUUCCAUAUUUGUAAUUCCUGACAGUGAGAAAUCUGACUCCCAUUAGCCUUAAUAUUAUUUACUUGAUAGAUCUUCUCUCUCAUAAAUAACCAAUCUCCUAUCACUGCAUCCUUAUUCCAGAUCACUGAGAUUCCCUUCCUUAGCAUCCUCAAAUGUUCUCAGACUCUACGCUGGGCUACCACCUUCACCCCCUGAGGUAACACCUACCUGUAUCUUGCUCAGAAUAAUCAAAUGACUUUUGUCCUGAAUUGUUCAGGAAGGGAGAAACACAGGCAGGAAGGCAGAAAAUGAAACUCUUUAAAAGUCAUUUCAUGGAGUUCCCGUCAUGGCUCGGUGGUUAACGAAUCCAACUAGGAACCAGGAGGUUGCAGGUUCGAUCCCUGCCUUGUUCAGUGGAUUAAGGAUCUGGCAUUGCCAUGAGCUGUGGUGUAGGUCACAGAAGCAGCUCAGAUCUGGUGCGGCUGUGGCUGUGGUGUAGGUUAGCAGCUACAGCUCUGAUUUGACCCCUGGCCUGGAACCUCCAUAUGCUGCAAGUGUGGCCCUAAAAAGACUAAAAAUAAAAAAUAAAAGGCAUUUCAGUACUCUACAAAAUUAGCAUUUUAAAGGACAGUUACAUAUGCAAGUAUUCAGCUACAGCAUUCCAUAAAGAUGUCUAAUGUUUCUAAGCAACAAAAACUACCUUUCUCUGUAAGGUGGGUGCUAUGAAUAUAAAGAAAAUCUUGCUGAUAUUUUAAAGUCAAAGCAACAGAAUUUUUUCUAAGGAUUUUAGAAUUUUUUUCCAUUUAUUAUAUUACCAAGAAAAAAAUCACUGUACACAAGAUAUUACAAAGGUAAUAAAACACUCUGUACAAAAGGCAUUUUGACAUUUUAAAAAUGAUUGCAUCUUGAUUUCCCUGUGAAAUCUGAAUGAAGCCUUGCUGGGUAGAGUA